AUGAAGACACUUUCCUUGUUUUUCACUCUUGUAAUUCUUAUCUCAUCAUGUGUAUCAAAUCUUAUGGCAAAACAUGAUUCAGAGAGAAAAGCUCCCUUUUCUAAUCACGGAAUGAGGCUUCAACAUCCACCAUAUUUGCAUUUUCAAAGCUACAGAGGUCAUUUUAUUCCUGAGGAAUGUACCGAGUUAUGUCCACAGCGUUGUUUAAGAAGACAUAGGUUAAUGGUAUCUUGUAUUCCACAACAUUUUUGUCGUUGUAGCUCCUUCCAAUUAAGCCCCCCUCACAUUGCAACUUCUCCUAAACAGUAUUCUAAAAAAUAA